AUGCGGAAGGGUUUCUAUAUUUUUGCCUUGUGCUUUUCGAGUGUUUACAGUGCCGGAAAAGGAUGUGGUGGUUGUUUGGCUAGCGAACCGCUCGGCGUUUCCGGCUUUAACGAAGAUGAAACAAGCACUGAUUCGAAUGGCUGUUUGCGGCGAAAUAUCACUUGUUUCAGGCCCAACUAUGUGACCUACAAGACAAGCAACGCGAUCGUCAGCCAGGCUUCUCCUUUUCUCGAACUUCAGUGCAACCAUGACUCAAAAUGGGUAGAAGCUGAGAGUUUUGCUCGAGGAUUCAAUUGGCCUUUCAGCGAGGUUGACUGUCACAAUUCGACCCAACCGCCAAAACCCAAAUCCGUGUGCAGUUUACCGGGAAACCCAAAAGAAGAGUUCACUUGUUUAGCCUAUUUUCCGAUGUGGUUUUACGACAAAGAAAACAACGAAUGUAAAAAGUUUAUCUAUGGUGGAUGUGGUGGAAAUGAAAAUCGUUUCGGAUCAAAGGAGGAAUGCGAAAAGAUUUGCAAGAAAGAAAAA